AUGAUAAAAUUUUUUCUUAUGGUGAACAAACAAGGACAAACAAGGCUCUCUAGGUAUUACGAGCAUGUAGAAAUUAAUAAACGGACAAUGCUGGAAGCUGAAGUAAUCAAAACCUGUCUCUCCCGUUCAAAGGAUCAGUGCUCUUUCAUUGAAUAUAAGGACUUUAAGCUGGUCUACCGACAGUAUGCAGCCCUUUUUGUGGUCAUUGGAAUCAAUGAGACAGAGAAUGAGAUGGCAGUGUAUGAACUAAUUCAUAAUUUUGUGGAAGUUUUGGACAAAUACUUCAGCAGGGUGAGUGAAUUAGAUGUAUCCUUUUCAGUAUCAGAAACGCCUCUGUCUAUCUCUUUUUGGU